CCAUGGGAGGUGGGCAGCCAGUCUUCACAGGGCGGUGGGCACAGGACCUUGCUCUACGGCCAUGCCAUCCUGCUCCGCCAUUCCCACAGCGCCAUGUACCUGAGCUGCCUGACCACAUCCCGCUCCCUGACGGACAAACUGGCCUUCGACGUGGGGCUCCAGGAGGAUGCCUCAGGGGAAGCCUGCUGGUGGAUCAUCCACCCCGCCUCCAAGCAGCGGUCAGAGGGCGAAAAGGUUCGAGUUGGGGACGAUCUCAUCUUGGUCAGCGUCUCCUCUGAGCGCUACCUGCACCUCUCCACGGCCAGCGGGGACCUGCAGGCCGACGCCUCCUUCAUGCAGACGCUCUGGAACAUGAACCCCAUCUGCUCAGGCUGCGAGGAAGGGUACGUGACGGGGGGUCAUGUCAUGCGUCUCUUCCACGGGCACAUGGACGAAUGCCUCACCAUCUCCUCCAGCGAGCAGGGCGAGGAGGAGCGCAGGGUGGUGAACUACGAGGGCGGUGGUGUUUGCACCCACGCCCGCUCCCUCUGGAGGCUGGAGCCCUUGCGCAUCAGCUGGAGCGGGAGCUACAUGCGAUGGGGGCAGCAGUUCCGGGUGCGGCACGUCACCACCGGGCGCUACCUGGGCCUGACCGAGGAGAAGGGGCUGGUCGUGCUGGACGCUGAGAAAGCCAACACCAAAGCCACCGCUUUCUGCUUCCGCGCCUCCAAGGCCCCCCGCAGGAAAGCUGGACGUGGCGCCAAGCGGGAUGUGGAGGGCAUGGGGCGCCGGAGAUCAAGUAGACGGGGAACGAUGGUUCGCAGCAAGCGGCAGCGGCCUGUGGCUGACUCGCCGGCCCGCGCCAAGGCCCUGCGCGCUGGGCUGCUGAAGAGGAAGGGCAUGAUCACGCUGGUGCUGGACUGCAUCGACCGCCUCAACCUGUACAGCACGGCCGCCCACUUCGCCGAGUUCGCUGGCGAGGAGGCAGCCGAGUCCUGGAAGGAGAUCGUCAACCUGCUGUAUGAGCUGCUGGCCUCGCUGAUCCGGGGCAACCGCUCCAACUGCGCCCUCUUCUCCAACAACCUGGACUGGCUGGUCAGCAAGCUCGACCGGCUGGAGGCCUCCUCCGGGAUCCUGGAGGUGCUGUACUGCGUCCUCAUCGAGAGCCCCGAGGUGCUGAACAUCAUCCAGGAGAACCACAUCAAAUCCAUCAUCUCCCUGCUGGACAAGCACGGCCGCAACCACAAGGUCCUCGAUGUGCUCUGCUCUCUGUGCGUCUGCAACGGGGUGGCCGUGCGCUCCAACCAGAACCUCAUCACCGAGAAUCUGCUCCCGCGCCGCGACCUGCUCCUGCAGACCAGCCUCAUUAACUACGUCACCAGCAUGCGCCCCAACAUCUUCCUGGGCACGCACGAAGGCUCGACGCAGUACAAGAAGUGGUACUACGAACUGAUCGUGGAUUACGUGGAGCCCUUCGUCACGGCGCAGGCCACCCACCUGCGCGUGGGCUGGGCCAUUACCGAGGGCUACAGCCCCUACCCCGGGGGCGGGGAGGGCUGGGGCGGCAACGGCGUGGGGGACGACCUGUACUCCUUCGGCUUCGACGGCCUGCACCUCUGGUCAGGUACGAGCGCUGGCUCUGCCCAGGGCUUGGCUGCUCUGGCGGGCGUGCAAAGGAGCAGGCAUGGGGGUAUCUUCCCCCAAGGCCAGUCUUCCAUCCCCCAAUGCAGAUCGUCCUCCCAGGCCAACACCCCCAACUCAGCACUCACAGAGCACGGGUACGCGGUGCCGCGCCGUGCGCUCGCCCGGCCAGCACACGCUGCGGCCGAUGACGUGUGUGAGCGCUGCCUGACGCUGAGCGUGCCCAGCAUGUCCUUCCGGCAUCAACGGCUUCCCCGUGCAGGCAUGUUCGAGAACUUCAACGUGGACGGGCUCUUCUUCCCGGUGUCAGCUUCUCCGCGGGCAUCAAUGAGCUACGCGCCCUGCUUCGAGGCCCUGCUGCCCGAAGCCGGCUAUGCGGGUGGAGCCCAUCAAGGAUACAGGCAGGACGCAGAUCCCCAGGUGGAGGCCGGGACCGCUCGAGAGUGUCCCCCAAGGGCAGGGCUGGCAGGCAUGGGGGCCUCUCUAACCCCUUCCCCACAGAUCGUGCCUCCCCCGGCACGCUGGAGAGGAAUCCGUGAGAACUGGGGAGAACAUCCACGAGCUUGUGGGCGUGACCCGAUCGAGCAGCUGCGACCUAUGGCCGAUCCGGACGACAAACAAGCGGCUUACCCUGCCUUGCUGGAUGUUCACACCUGCCUGAGCCGAGAGAACUACAACCUGCAGAUGUCGGGAGACGCUAACCAACAUCAGAACAAGCGAACCCCGCGCCUGCGGCCCUACAACCCUACUGGACGAACGGACCCAAGAAGACGAAUCGCAACAGCCUCUUUCGGCGAUCAGGUUGCCCACGGCGCGUCGGAGCUGGUGCGGGUGUCGGGCGGAGGCAGUUGCUUACCACCGUGCGGCCGGGAGGGGUACUUCGACGUUCAGGCGGUGACCACGGGCGAGAUGCGCGUGGCUGGGCCCGGCCCAGACGUGCGCCCCGACACGUGGACUGGGGGCCGACGGAGCUCGCUAGUCUUCAACGGCACCGGAGUGAGCCAGCGCUGGCAAUCGGCAGCGAGGCCCUUCGCCGCUCCUGCAGCCGGCGACGUCUCGCUGCAUGAUCGACGUGACCGAGACCACAUCUUUCACACUCUAACGGGAGAUGCUGAUCAGCGACUCGGGACACUGCUGGCGCUGGGCUGUCACGUGGGCAUGGCCGACGAGAAGGCUGAGGAGAACCUCAAGAAGACCAAGCUGCCCAAAACGUACAUGAUGUCCAAUGGCUACAAGCCGGCCCCGCUGGACCUGGCCCACGUCAAUCUGACCCCGGCCCAGAACACGCUGGUGGACAAGCUGGCCGAGAACGGGCACAACGUGUGGGCCCGGGACCGUGUCAGCCAGGGCUGGACCUACAGCAUCGUGCAGGACAUCGAACAAGCGAACCCUCGCGCCUGGUUCCCCUACCACCUACUGGCUAACGAACGGCAGAAGACGAAUCGCAACAGCCUGUGUGAGGUCGUGCGCACGCUGAUCGGCUACGGCUACAGACAUCGAGCCCCCUUAGCUUUAUGUAAAACACUCCUGCCAUGGCUGCCGACCAGGAGCCUUGCCCUUCGGCUCGAGUCGGUAAAGUUCGGUCUGCUCAGUCGCGGUCCUGACGAGAUAUUAAUGAUGGCUGAUAUAAUAUCAGCGAUCGUCUGA